GUUGUCUUCCGGGUGGUGUGUUCUCAUACAGUGAAACAAAAACAAAUAUCUUCGUGUGACUUUCUCCCCCUGCCUGUCAUUUUAACAUCAUGUGGACUCCCGCCAAAUACUGAGGAGUAUUUAGCUGAGAAGUUCAUUCAGCUGCUGGAACUUGAGGUCUGGGAUUGAAUCAUAGACUGCAGAAUCAGUCAGUUGUUGGCUGUCAAAAAACCUAGACAACAUAUUUGGUGCAUCACAGGGCACAAUGUCCGUUUCAGUACAGCAGAGAGAUGAGUGGUUCCCCCCGGACUGGGAGGAUGAAGAGCGGAUGGCGUUCUUAUUCUCUGCCUUUAAAGAGAACCGAGAUGUAGACUGUACAGACUGGGAUGGGAAGAUCAACUUCUGGAGCCCUCUGAUCAUUGAUCACUGCAGGAGAUGCGGAUCAGUGUGUGUGAAUCUGCAGGACCUGAACGAGAGUUUCAGAAGAAAAGGGUCUGUACCUCUGGGCUUGAGUACUGUCAUUCAGAGCAUGAUCAGGAGUGGGAAGAUGCAGAAGGAAUCAGAGUUUGCUGCAAAUGUAGACUCUAGCUGGUUGUUGUGGGGUGUUGGACUCUUGUUAGUUCGGCCUGUUAAAUGGACUCUGUCUGCUCUGCUGGGUAGUAGGAGAGUUCCCCUAGAGGAGUCCUUUGUUGUGAUAGAGCUGGUAAAAGAAAAGUCUGCAGCACUUUUGGCGACAUAUCGGAGUUCUCCGUUAGCAGAGCGCUCUCUUCUGUCUUUCCACGAGUUGCGUGCUCUCUCCUCUCACAUCUGUCCUGAUGAAAGCACACUCUUCAUGGCCCUGCUACAGCUGCAGAGAGAAAAACAUGUCACCGUCUCACUCCACGAGGGCGAGAAGCUGGUGAAAUUUAGUAAGGCAGGGCUGGCCCGUGUGUCUCCUGUCAGUGAGGUGGAUCUGGGCAUCUAUCAGCUCCAGCACAGUGAGAAACUUCUGGAGGAGAGGGUAGAGGCACUAGGACAGGAAGCAGAAAAGUGCAAACAACAGGCAAAAGCUUUGCUCAAAGAUGGGAAGAAAUCCCAGGCCCUGAGGUGUUUACGUGGAGGCAAGCGGGUGGAGAAGAAAGCAGAUCUUCUGUAUGCCCAGCUGGAGACAGUGAAGGGGAUCCUGGAAAGGAUAGCAAACUCCCAAACAGACCGUCUGGUGAUGCAGGCAUACCAGGCUGGUGUUGCGGCUCUGAGAAUCUCACUGAAGGGUGUAACGGUGGAGCGGGCAGAGAAUCUGGUUGAUCAGAUACAGGAGUUGUGUGACACUCAGGAUGAAGUUAACCAGACUCUUGCCAGUGGAUCGCUGGAUUCUGGUGGGGACUCAGAGGAGUUGGAGGAAGAGCUGAAGUCAUUAUUGGAGAAAACCAAUGUGCUACCAGAGGUCUCCACACACCCUGUUUCUCUGGGAAGGAAAACAGGAAUAUCAGGAAUAUCGGUGCCUGAUGGCAGCCUAGGCAUCACAGAUGAAGAGUUGGAAAGAGAACUAAGUCGACUUGCAGUCUCAGACACAGCUGUGCAGAAAGGAAACAUCUCCAGUCAGAGAAGGCUCGAGCCGGCACAGUGAUGGAUCAGAACCAGUAACCAAUAAAAUGGGUUAAUCACUAUCUAUUGAAAAUGCCAUUAAAUACAGUACAAUAAGCCAUUAUUCAUGUUUUUAAUAGCAUGUUCAUUUUUGUUUUUGAAUACAUUUUAAAGAGUGGCCUUUUUGAGUUGUAAAGUCUGUCAAAUGUAUUAUUCUAAUAAAAACUACAAAUUAUAUGCCAAAUAAAGUAAUAUUCUUACU